CUGCCCACUUCCGACUGGAGGGGGAACUGCCAAUCACUGCGCGAGGACCUCGCAGUGCAUCCCGGGACCUCCGCUGGGUCUUUGUCCCUCAGGCCCUCGUAGUUCCCCACCCCUGGGCCUGCAGGCUGUGCCUCUGCAUUUGAGCGGUUGUCGGGAGGGAGGACCCGGGGUUUAGUUGACCUGGACCUCGCGGCAUUUCCCUGGGUCUCCCCAGCCUGUGGGGCCCUGAGUGGGGAUCGGCACUAGACCAGGGGUCCCCAGGCCUGCAGUGUCGACUGGCAACAUGAAAACUGGGCAUGAGGCCCUGCAGACUUCCCAAGUAUUUAGGAUGCAAGCCGAGGUUGGAGAGUUACCUUCUGAAGAAUCCCUUUUAAAUAUAUCCGUUCCGGAGAUACCAUCGUGGCUGAGCGGUCCCUGAACCUGUCUAGUAUCCAUGAGGAUGCCGGUUCCAUCCCUGGCCUUGAGGUUCCUAAGGUUCCCGGGUAGCUGUCGUGCUGGUUGCAGAUGUGUCUUGGAUCCAGCAUUGUGUGGCUUGGCUGUGGCAUAGUACCGAUGAGAAAGUGACCCAGAGCUGGAGGAAGAAGAGGAGGAAAUGGCAGCUUCUCAGGGACUUCUGACAUUUGAGGAUGUGGCCAUCGAUUUCUCUCCAGAGGAGUGGGAAUGUCUGGAUCUCGGUCAACGGGACCUGUACAGAGAUGUGAUGAUAGAGAUCUGUAGGCACCUGGUCUCCUUGGAGUAUGUUAUCUCUAAGCCAGACCUGGUUCGCCUGUUGGAGCAAAAGACAGAUCCCUGGGAUGUGAAGGGAAUGGAGACAGUAGCCAUACAGCCAGCUCUGUCUUCUCAUGACACCCAGGGUUUGAUGCCACAUAAGCCAGGCAUGGAACAUUUCUUGCAAACAAUGCUGCUGGGAAAAUAUGAAAGCUCUCCUGUUGGCACUUUUGAUGUAAUUAUAGGCAGCGAAGGUAAGGGGGCGUGUGAAGGGCAGGAAGGUUGUUAUGAUGCACAUGCUCCUACUGGGACUUUUAUCCACAAGGAAAAUGUUACUGCUAAAAGAGAUCAAGGAUGUAAAUCAAACUGUGAAAAACUCCACUUUAAGUCAAUACCAUUGGCAGAAAAAUAUAUUUUUGUAAGCAAAGACCCAUGUUAUUUAUUGAAACAUAGAUCUUCUCUGAAAGGAAAUUUGGAAAAUCAGGAUAAUCCUAUAGACUGUACUACAAAUGAUGAUGCAAAACAUGAAUGUAUGCUUGGACGAAACAUUCAUUCAAACAUUUAUGAGCACCAGAGGUUUCAAAAUGGGGGGAAACCCCCCCAAAGUGAUCAAAUCAGGAGAUCUAAUAGCAAGGGUUCAUCACUCUUCAACCAACAAAUAUUUCCUCAUUGUUCUGACAUCCCUAAUGUUGCCACUAAUGGGGGGGUCUUGAUCCAACCAUCAUUAAUCAAUGGGUGUGAUAAUAUAGUUGAUAUAGACCAACAUGCCAUGUGUAUUAAAGUGAGCAAGGCCUUCAGCAAGAGCUGUGUAUUCAGUAAUUAUAAGAGUAUACACACUGGAACAAGAAGUGAUGCCUGCAUUGAAUCUCAGACUAACUUUGACCCAGACUCAAAUCUCAUGAAACUUCAGGGAACUCAAUUUUCAGAGAAGCAGUCAGUAAGAAAUAAACAUGGGAAGUUCAUUUCUCAAAGCUCAUAUCUCACUACAUAUCAGAGAAUUUGUAUUAGAGAGAAAGCUUGCCAUUUUUGUGAGUGUGGCAAAGUUUUUAGCCAGGCUUCAAGAGUUACUCAAUAUCAACAUCAUCCUACCAGGAAGGAAGGAUGCAAGUGUGAAGAAUGUGAGAAAGUCUGUAAUCAGUCAUUAAAUCUGCGAAGAGAUACGAAAAAACAAACUGGAGGGAAACCUGACAAAUGUGAAGAAUCUACAUGGUGUUCAGCCUUUACUAGACAUCAUGUAAUUCAUACUGCAGAGAAGCCUCACAAAUCCACAGAAUGUGGCAAAGCCUUUAGACGGUGUUCAUGUCUUUCUGAGCAUCAGAGAAUUCAUAUUGCAGAGAAGCCUUACAAAUGCACAGAAUGUGGCAAAGCCUUUAGACGGCGAUCGCAUCUUUUUGAGCAUCAGAGAAUUCAUACUGCAGAGAAGACUUAUAAAUGUACAGAAUGUGGCAAAUCCUUUCAUUGUCAUUCUCAUCUUACUCAGCAUCUGGGUUCUCAUUCUGGAGAGAAGCCACACAAAUGUACAGAAUGUGGCAAAGCCUUUCAUCGCCAUUCUCAUCUUACUGAGCAUCUGAGAUGUCAUACUGGAGAGAAGCCUCACAAAUGUACAGAGUGUGGCAAAGCCUUUAAUCGGCAUUCUCAUCUUACUCAGCAUCUGAAUUCUCAUGCUGGAGCAAAGCCUUACAGAUGUUCAGAAUGUGGUAAAGCCUUUAAUCGGCAUUCAUCUCUUACUCAGCAUCUGAGAUCUCAUACUGGUGAGAAGCCUCACAAAUGUACAGAAUGUGGCAAAGCCUUUCAUUGGCCUUCAUCUCUUACUCGGCAUCUGAGUUCUCAUACUGGAGAAAAGCCUCACAAAUGUACGGAAUGUGGGAAAGCCUUUAAUCGGCAUUCACAUCUUACUGAGCAUCAGAGAUCUCAUACUGGAGAAAAGCCUCACAAAUGUACAGAAUGUGGCAAAGCCUUUCAUCGGCAUUCUCAUCUUACUCAGCAUCUGAAUUCUCAUGCUGGAGUGAAGCCUUACAGAUGUGCAGAAUGUGGUAAAGCCUUUAAUCGGCAUUCAUCUCUUACUCAGCAUCUGAGAUCUCAUACUGGUGAGAAGCCUCACAAAUGUACAGAAUGUGGCAAAGCCUUUAAUCAGCAUUCUCAUCUUACUCAGCAUCUGAGUUCUCAUACUGGAAAGAAGCCUCACAAAUGUACAGAAUGUGGCAAAGCCUUUCAUUCACCUUCAUCUCUUACUCGGCAUCAGAGAUCUCAUACUGGAGAAAAGCCUCACAAAUGUACAGAAUGUGGCAAAGCCUUUAAUCGGCAUUCACAUCUUACUGAGCAUCAGAGAUCUCAUACUGGAGAGAAGCCUCACAAAUGUACAGAAUGUGGCAAAGCCUUUAAUCGCCAUUCUCAUCUUACUGAGCAUCUGAAUUCUCAUGCUGGAGUGAAGCCUUACAGAUGUACAGAAUGUGGCAAAGCUUUUAAACGGAAUUCUCAUCUUACUCAGCAUCUGAGUUCUCAUACUGGUGAGAAGCCUCACAAAUGUACAGAAUGUGGCAAAGCCUUUAAUUGGCAUUCAUCUCUUACUCAGCAUCUGAGUUCUCAUACUGGAGAGAAGCCUUAUGAAUGUAAGGAAUGUGGCAAAGCCUUUCAUUCGCCUUCAUCUCUUACUCGGCAUCUGAGUUCUCAUACUGGAGAGAAGCUUCACAAAUGUACAGAAUGUGGGAAAUCCUUUCAUUGGCAUUCAUCUCUUAUUCGGCAUCUGAGUUCUCAUACUGGAGAGAAGCCUUACAAAUGUACAGAAUGUGGCAAAGCCUUUAAUCGGCAUUCACAUCUUACUGAGCAUCUGAAUUCUCAUGCUGAAGUGAAGUCUUACAGAUGUACAGAAUGUGGUAAAGCCUUUAAUCGGCAUUCUCAUCUUACUCAGCAUCUGAGUUCUCAUACUGGAGAGAAGCCUCACAAAUGUACAGAAUGUGGCAAAGCCUUUCAUUGGCAUUCUCAACUUACUCAGCAUCUGAGAUCUCAUACUGGAGAGAAGCCUCACAAAUGUAUGGAAUGUGGGAAAGCUUUUCAUUGGCCUUCAUCUCUUACUCGGCAUCUGAGUUCUCAUACUGGAGAGAAGCCUCACAAAUGUACAGAAUGUGGUAAAGCCUUUAAUCAGCAUUCUCAUCUCACUGAGCAUCUGAAUUCUCAUGCUGGAGCGAAUCCUCACAAAUGUAUAGAAUGUGGCAAAGCUUUUAAUCAACAUUCAUCUCUUACUCGGCAUCUGAGAUCUCAUACUGGAGUGAAGCCCUACAAAUGUACAGAAUGUGGCAAAGCCUUUAAUCGCCAUUCUCAUCUUACUGAGCAUCUGCGAGCUCAUACUGGAGAGAAGCCUCACAAAUGUACAGAAUGUGGCAAAGCCUUUAAUCGCCAUUCUCAUCUUACCGAGCAUCUGAAUUCUCAUGCUGGAGUGAAGCCUUACAGAUGUACAGAAUGUGGCAAAGCUUUUAAUUGGCAUUCUCAUCUAACUCGGCAUCAGAGAUCUCAUUCUGGAGAGAAGUCUUAAAAAUGUACAGAAUGUGGCAAAGCCUUUGGUCAGCAGUCAGGUUUUAAUCAGUAUUGGUGACCUCACACUGGAGAGAAGCCUUACAAAAUGUACAGACUAUGACAAAACUUUAAAGUGCCAUGCAAGCCUCACUCAGCAUCAGGGAAUCCAUCCUGGGUCAAAACCAUACAAUUGUAAUCAAUGUGACAAAGCCUUUACCUUUUUUGUCUUUUUUAUUUUUUAUUUUUCU